AUGGGAGAAGGGAGCACGCAAAACGAUACUCGAGGAGGUUUCAUGCCAGUAGAGUCGGCAGAAGAAGGCUUGUUCACUAAUGGAGCCUCGAAACCCCGCCCAGAUCUGACACCAAGGCCCAUUGUUGCGCUUGAGGAAUCCGUUGUCAAUCGAAUUGCGGCUGGCGAGAUUAUUAUUAGGCCCGCCAAUGCUAUCAAAGAAUUGCUCGAAAACUGUAUCGACGCUGGGGCGACCAGUGUAAAAAUCAAUGUCAAGGAUGGCGGUGCAAAGAUGCUGCAGAUUCAAGACAACGGGUCUGGCAUCAGAAAAGUCGACUUGGCCAUUCUUUGCGAAAGGUUCACGACCUCCAAGAUUCGCAAGUUCGAUGACUUGAGCUCCCUGCGUACUUACGGAUUUCGAGGCGAGGCCUUAGCUUCAAUCUCACAUAUUGCUCAUCUCACAAUCGCAACGAAAACGCGUUCGGAAGGAGUAGGUUGGAAGGCCCAAUACUCCGAUGGAAAGCUCGUGCCAUUGAAAGCCGGCGGAUCACCAGCCCCACAACCUUGUGCGGGAAACGAUGGUACUGUGAUCACGGUUGAAGAUAUGUUCUACAAUGUACCUCAACGCAGAAAAGCAUUACAAAGUGCAUCAGAUGAAUACCGGAAAAUUCUGGAUGUAGUGACUAGGUAUGCCAUACACAACCAGGGUGUUGCUAUUUCUUGCAAAAAAGCUGGCUCUGCUUCCCCCGACGUCAACACUACAGCAAGUGCUACCAUCCUGGAAACGAUCGGUCGACUAUUUUCCGAAACUCUCAAGAAAGAGUUGAUGCAUCUGGAAUUUACAGACAAGAAGCUUGGCUUUAAGGUGGUUGGUUAUUUCUCGACUGCGAAUUACAAUGCGAAAAAAGCAACUACGAUGAUAUUUAUCAACAACCGUCUGGUAGACUGUAGUCCAUUGCGAAAGUCGCUUGAAAUUACGUAUCUAUCAAUCCUCCCAAAAGGCAGUUUCCCUUUUAUAUACAUCUCCUUGGAAAUUGCGCCCGAUCGAGUAGAUCCCAAUGUCCACCCUAACAAGAAGGAAGUCCAUUUUCUGGAUCAGGAUGAAAUCGUUGAAAGAAUCUGUGACAAACUGAACGUUUUCCUAGCCGGAUCAAACUCCAGUCGAUCCUACCACGUUCAGACGCUCUUACCCAUGGCUACUGCCGAUCCGAAUAAUUCACAAGCUGAUCCUAGUCAACCCAAGACUUGCAAGUCCACGAAAACGUUACCUCAAAAGAUGGUUCGCACCGAUCAUCGUAGCCGAACACUUCACUCAAUGUUACGCCGGGCUACUGGCGCGAGUGGGGAUGAUUUGACUCCGGGAGACUCCAAUCCGAACGAGGACCAACUCGGUUCACAGACCCCUGCACUCACUAGUAACUCCAGCUCUCAAGCUCCCCAGCCCACAAGUCAUACGGUUAAAAUCGAAGAGAGUGUCUGUCUUCUCAAAAGCGUGCAGGAUCUAAGACAGGAGAUCAAGUCGAAGAGUGACAAUGAUCUAGAAAAUUUGAUUAGGCAUCACACUUUCGUCGGCGUUGUCGAUACUCAGAAAGGUUAUUCAUGUAUCCAACACGAGACUCGCCUUUAUCUCAUCUACCACUUUUCUCUCUGCGAGGAGUUAUUUUAUCAAUUAGGUGUCCGACAAUUCGGAUCAUUCGACCGGAUCCAACUCAAGCCGACUGUGCCUGUGAAAACAUUGGUCACAUUGGCUGUUGAAAGUGAACCAAGCGAGUACCUUGAUAAGAUUGGCAGGACUCGCGCCGUACAAAAAAUAUGCGAAAUGCUGUAUUCCAAAGCAGAAAUGUUGGACGAAUAUUUCUCGUUCCAGAUUGAUUGUGCCAGUGGCAAUCUGGUUACUCUUCCGGUCAUCUUGCCUGAACAUGUACCGAAUAUGGAGAAGUUGCCAUUGUUCCUUGUUCGGGCCGCCGUGGAAUGCGACUGGACGGAUGAAUUGAGCUGUUUCUCGAGCUUCUUGCGCGAGUUGGCGUUUUUUUACACGCCUAGUGGGUUACCUUUGGGAUCGAUGAGCGAGGCGCAGAUUGAGAGCAUUGAUGAGGACGAAAAGGAGCAACUCAAACAGGUACUCUUUCCCGCCAUGAAGAGGUACCUUGCGCCACCGUCCGAUCUCAGAGACGACUUGAAGCAAGUUACUUCCCUGCCUGAACUGUACAAGGUCUUUGAAAGGUGCUGA